CAGUGGCGCUAUAAAAGCUUGGACCCGUCGCUCGACGCGAUGUUAUUGGUCGAGGGAUUUGAGGCGAUCGGGCGAGAGCGCGGCGCGGGGCGGGCAGAGAUAUGGGGCACUCGAACGUCUGGAACUCGCACCCCAAGAACUAUGGACCUGGUUCUCGUGUUUGCCGAGUUUGUGGGAACCCCCAUGGACUGAUCAGGAAGUAUGGACUUAUGUGUUGCAGACAGUGCUUCCGCAGCAACGCCAAAGAAAUUGGCUUUAUUAAGUACCGCUGAAGAUGUUUGCAUUAUUCGAGAUGGAGCCUGCAGGAUGGAGCUUGUCUCAGAAGUUUGUUACCGAACUCCAUUAAUGUGAUCCUAUGAAUUUUGUUUACCUAUUGAACUUUUUGAUUUAGUUGGAACUUAACAUAGUGAUCUGAAUCACAUUGACUUGUUAUGGUUGUUGAUGUCA